AUGGCACGCCAAACGAGCUCGUUUGCCCAGGCGACGCAGGUGACGCCGGUCGCAGGCAGCGACAACGAGUUCGACGCGAACGUUCCUUGGGAUUGGUGCGGCGGACUGCACGCUCAUGGAGGCUACACCGUCAGCCUGAUCUUCGCCACUGCGCGCGCGUAUUCCGCUGCCAAAUACCCUGAUCGCCCUCAGCCCGACCCGAUCAACGUCCACGUCCAGUUCGUGCAGCCAGCCCCGCGCGGCCGCGUCGUCCUCAGUGUCGUCGAGCUCAGCCAUGCAAGGCGAUAUUCGACCGUCGAAGUCAAACUGCGCGAUCCUGCUGGCAAGCUGUGCACCGCCGCCACGCUGAUCCAAGGCAACCUGGCCACCGAGGAGGGCGCGUCCAUCGCCGUGCCGCCGACGUCUGUCCCGCGCGACGAGCUGCCACACCGCGAGCGCGACUGCGACGUGUUUGAGCAUGGUCCGCUACUCACCAAGAUCAUGCCGGUCACGACCAAGAUGCGCGUGCUCAAGCGCAAGGGCGCGCGCACCCAGUUCCUCAGUCGCAACGGGAUGCUGAACGUGAAGGAGAAAUGGGUCAGAUGGACAGACCCGAACCAGAAUCUGGAUGUGAUCAGCCUGGGGAGCGUUUGCGACAACUUUCUCCCCGCCCCCCUAAACUUCGAUCCCACCAUGGCCGACGCCAGCAAAUACGUGUUUCCGACGCUGUGCAUGUCGAUCGAAAUCAAGAAAAACCCCAACAACGCCGAGUGGCUGUUUCUCGAGAUCCUGUGCCACAGCAUUCACAAUGGACGCUUCGAUACCGACGUGCGUGUGCUGGACGAGAAUGGCGACCUGGUCGCGCUGAGCAAGCAUGUUUCCGCCAUGUCGGAUAUGACCCGAACAAAGACGAGCAAGAUGACCAUUGGGGAAGACUAUUCAAAAUUAUGA